UGGCUUGGCCGCUCCCCUACUGCGCAUGCGCCGAGGGUCAGCGCCGGGCGCUGCCGCCCCUCCUGCUGGUGCCGUCCGUCCGUUAGCGCGGGGCUGGCGAGAUGAGCACGCGCUCCCUCUCCAAGGGCUGCUUUGUUUUUAAACCAAGUCCCAAGAGGAGAAAGGUGUCUCGAACAACAGCUGACUAUUUCAGAGAAGGAAACAGUGAUUUGGAGGACAGUGAGCUACGGUUUGCUACUUGCCAGUCAUUACAGAAACAGGUCAAAUCAGAAACAGAGCAAAUAGAGGAAGAAUUGAAUGAACAGUUAUUUGAUAACCUAGUGAGUUUUUUGAGGCGGUCUCAUUCUGCAUUCCAAGAGAAGACAACAGAAUGGACGUGGCGGACGAAGUCCAGAGAAAUCCCUACUGCGGCUCUUGUCUUAGGUGUGAAUGUUACAGAUCACGACUUCACCUUUAGAAGUCUCUCAGAAGUCCUUCAGAAUAAUGUCACUCCUUACAUAGCGUUGCUGGAAGCCAAAGAUUGCCCAGGCAUAAAAAAUCUGAUGCAGAAGCUGUUGGGACAGCUGAUGAACUGCUGUAUAGAUGUGGGCUCAUCAGAAGAGGAGGACUAUGAACAGGUUUCUCAUACUAGAGUACGUUGUUCGAUGACUUCUCUUAUCAACUGGUAUGAGAGUGCAACAAAGAGAACAGAUUCUGAGACUCCAGGCAAAAAAAGAACAUCUUCCAGACACUGGCAGUCUCCUCCAGUUGUUGUUAUCUUCAAAGACAUGGAAAGUUUCACCACGAAAGUACUUCAGGACUUUGUGGUUAUCAGCAGUCAGCAUAUUGGUGAAUUUCCUCUUGUACUGAUUUUUGGAAUCGCUACAUCUCCAAUGAUUAUCCACAGCUUACUUCCUCACUCUGUUUCCUCUCUGCUGUGCAUAGAGCUUUUCCAGUCCCUUUCCUGUAAGGACCACCUAUCUACUAUAAUUGACAAGGUACUUCUAACAACCCAGUUUCCACUUAAACUGAGUGAGAAAGUUCUGCAGGUUCUCAUCAACAUAUUCCUCUACCAUGAUUUUUCUGUCCAGAAUUUUAUCAAAGGAUUUCAGCUCUGUAUUGUGGAGCACUUCCAUUCCAAUCCUCUUAGUAUACUGUGUUGCCAGCUGGAAGAAGCAAAGAGGAGAGUAAAUUCUUUAUCACAUAAUCAGUGUGAAAACGUUCGAAGACUGCCCUCUUUUAGAAGGUAUGUGGAAAGUCAAGUCUCAGAGAAACAGAUUGCACUGCUGACAGCAGACAGUUCCUUAAAGGAAGCAGUGCGGAAGCUGCUAGAGGACUUGAAUGUUUACCAUGAAAAUUAUUUUCCCAUUCUGAGAUGUCUUCAUGUUUUCACGUCUUCUCUUCCAAAGUAUCCUUUGGGCAAGCAGAUCAGGGAACUGCACUGUGCAUGUUUGGAAAACCGAGUGUGGGAGACAGAGGAGUAUGAGUCAUCACUUCAGUUAGCAAGGAUGUUGAAUAAGUCUGAUUUGGUAACCAUGCUUCAAAAGUGUGUGGAAAUUCUUGUGUCAUCUCCUGGAAGGGAGUUUGAUGAGAUAGUAGAGAGGCUGAAGGAGUUCUUGACCCAGUUUCAGAAACUAGAAGCAGAAACUUACCAAGAACGAGAUGAGUCUGUAUCGCCACAAAAAGAGCUCCAGAAGAAGACAAAUCUUUAUAAUCUUCAGAAGACUUUGUUGGAGUUGAAGGAAUCAAGGCGGUCUAAGAAACUGACCAAGUUUGAAAUGCUUCGUUUUGAAGUUGUUGACUAUAUAGACAGUCUUGUAAGACGUUACCUUGUUCCAGCAGACCACAAGACUCUGCAUGAGAUUGUGUAUUUCAACACAGCCAGUGUUCUCCGUGAGCACUUGAAUGCUGCCCCAAGGAUUGCACUGCACACAGCUUUGAAUAACCCGUACUCUUACCUGAAGAGUGAAGCACUGAAAAGUGAUGGAGGAAGCAUUUCUAACAAAGCCCCUGACAUAUGCAUUGCCUACAAGCUUCAUUUGGAGUGUGGCAGAUUGAUUAACCUUGUGGAUUGGUUAGAGGCUUUCUCCACUGUGGUGACGGCAGCUGAGGGACCGACUGCAGAUGUAGCUUCCUCAGACCAGGUGGAUGAUGUUAUACACGCUCGUUUUAUUCGAGCUGUUUCUGAACUGGAACUCCUGGGCUUCAUAAAGCCCAGCAAGCAGAAAACUGAUCACGUGGCACGGCUGACCUGGGGAGGCUGUUAAUGUGCCACCACAACCUUAAUAAAGCUGUUCUUUGUAACCUGGUGCAAUGGCUGUGCUCCCACUAAACCAGUCUUUGUGUAAUUGAGUCAAUGUUGGGGAUGACUGAAUGCUGAGUUGUGUUCUGAGUGCUCGGAGGAACUUCAGUAACCAUUUUGUUUUUAAACUGCUGCCUCCAUACUGUAAUGUACUGCUCAUGAUCCAAGUACUGCAGCGUUGCACUCCUUUUAAUCAUCUUUGAUGUAUGAUAGUUAAUGCUAUACUGAUAUAAUUCAGGCUACCAAGCCAAAAUGAGAACAGUGGAUGUGUCAGCUGCAGCAGUGAUGAAGCAGCAGCAUUAACUUGCUCAUGAUCUGAUAGUAAUUGAAUCAUCAUUAUAAAAUGCAUUCCAGAUCCCUGAACUAUACAUUUAAACUCAGUACAUUAAAAAAAAAGACACCAAGCUCCCACCCUCAGCAGCUGCUCUGUGUCCUUCAACCCAGAAGUCAUCAUAGCACCUUGAAGAACUUGAUCAGGAAGAAGAGGAAGGGAUGGAAUUAUGAGAAUACAGGUGUUUGUUCUCUGCAAAGAAAAGCAAGCUGACCAGCACUAGCUGAUUUGCUGUCGGGAAUUUGUGUCAUCUGAGCAGGAGCCCUGGCACUGCCCAAGUGACCCCUUUUUUCUUUGCCAUGCACCAGCUAUGCUGCACAUCUUACAUGUCAAGCUUUAACUCUACUCACUCAAAUUUGGGCAGCAAAUGUGUUCAUGUUGAUGUCAUUGUCCCAUUUUCCAAUCAUGGAAAAACUCUUCCAAUUGAACAAGGAAAAAGCUGCUUUUUCCUUCAGAACAGGGUGAAUGCAGGGUGAAUGUCUGCUAUGCAUGAUAAACUGGUCCCCAGGCUGCAGGAGUUCAGCUGUAUGAGAGGAGCCUUCAGCUCAGCCUUUAUCACCUAGCAAAGGGCUGCAUUGUUAGAAAAAUUUAGACUGUGCUAAGCUGAAUGGUAAUUACUCAGCUUAUUGCAAAAGACUAUUUCACCAAAGAACACCUUCCAGACUCUCAGCUGAGUGCCUCUGCUUUCCUUUGGCUGGAGGUAUGUAAGUGCUGCACUGGGUGCUGACAUUCAGCUGUCACUGGAAUCCUGAUGCUUCCCCUUUGGCUGCACUGUACUUCAGCCUUCUUCAUUCUCACAGCAAUUGGGAACAAUAGCACAGAGCUCUGAAGUUUGAAUCACAUGAGUAAAAUACAGCUGUGCAAGAGUGGAUGAGCACUAUACAGAGGCCCACUGGGGAGGGUGCCCACAGGCAUGCCCUGUACCUGGGGCACAUGGCACUGUUCAGGUAUCAACUGAUCUACUCUAUUUAGGUAAGUCCUGUCACAAAAACCUAGAACUUAACUUCUAUCCGCUCCUGGGAAAUAGUUUAUGUUAAAGUAUCCUGAGAAAGAACAAGAGCCACAUAUUUUUGAGUUUUUCUAACUGCAGAGACACAAGUAAUGCUUCCUGCUGUACAUAUGUUCUGAAUGGUGUCAAGAAAAAUUAAAUGGCUGAGCAGGAGUCAUCAGCCUUUAUAAUCCUAAUCCUGCAAUGUAGGAAACACCUCAACAAAAACUCAAAGCAAGAAUUUCUAGGAUCUCAUGGAGCAAUUGAAAUUCCCUCGCUCUCUCCCGCCAAAUCAACUCAGAGCCCAAGCUGGGGGCACCAGCCAUGCUCUGUGGCCUUUGUACUAGUGAGAUUUCCACGUAGAAAGGAAAUUUCAGUAGUUGUGGAAUGCUGUGUAAGCAUUUUGUGUUCUCAACCUGACCUAUUUAUCUUGCAAGUACACUUGAACACUGGAAGUGAGCAGCAGAACAGCCCAACAUCUGACUGCUCAGCAGGACGUGCAGCCAAGCGCACCUCACACUGCCUGCAACCUGCCACCUUAUGUAGCCAAACCCAAGACUGGGCCCCAACAGCUCACUUUCAGACCUAAAGAGCUCAAAUAUUUAGUAAUAAAGGGAAGCAAUCUUUAACAGUACAUGAUGUGCCCAUGUAGAAUGCAUUUUUCUUCUCUCAACAUUUUUACUACUGUUUCUUGUGAAUACUCAGAACUCAUCCUUGCUUACCUUACCUGACACGUACUGUAUUCAAUGCCCAGAGCUUUCAGCAAUACUGUAGAAACCUCAACCCUGAACAUUCACUGUUGGAAGAAUUUACUUUUUUUCUCUGCUGUAACAUUUGAAGGUUUUUGCUGUUCCAUGCUAACCUCUUUGCUGAUUUCCAACACAAGAAACUUGAGAAGGUAAACAGUGAAAGAUCCUAUUGCAACACUAAGGCAGAACAAACCACUGCCAAAGCCAGAUGUUCAUCCUCACAUUUUUCAUCUGAGAAUUACUUCUCUGCAAAGACAUGAGCAACGCUUCACAAUGAGAGCACAAACCAGUUGUGGAAUCACACAGGUAAAUCCUUCCCAACAACCAGCUCAUGACCAGAGUGAGCUUCACAGCACAGCUCCUACCCACACUGCAGUAACAGUCCUGCUGUGUAAGACAAAUAGCAGGUCUCGAGCACCAGCACAAGACUGCAUGCAUCUCCUUCCCUUUCAGCCUUGAAAAAUGCUGAAGAAUCUUUAUGGUUAUGUGCUUCCUUAUCUAGACAAAAAUCAACACACAGAACGCGCAUGCUGCUUUCUCACUUUACAGUAACAAGGAUCUGUCUGGAAAGACUUUAAGCAUCACUAUCUUAAAAACAGGUUAACCAAGAUCUUCAACGCUGCAAAGCCUUCUAUUUGCUUUGCUUUCAGACUGCAGAUACAUACAAGUAGGGAAGAAAAAAAAAAGUUACUCUUACCCCUUUCUAAUGUAUCUCUAAGCCCUCCACAACACCUCUGAAAAGCCUCCAAAGCAGAUGUGUCCUUUAAGCACCACCAGAUCCCAUCACAUAACCAUAGUAAAAAAGCAGCCAACCAUUUUCCCAAUGAUGAGCAUGCUACCUAUUGCAAGCCUGUUGUGUGACAGUCAUCACAUCAGCUAUCAAUCACUGAGCUUAGAGAAAGGAGCCCAUCCAAGCAGCAGGAGAAAAAAAGACUUCAAAGAAUGCAACCUUAUUUUCCAAACAGGCUCAGAUGAAGCAUACCGCAGCUAUGAUGAACAGGCACCCGCGUGGCAUUCUUCUGCCAGCAGGCUGUUUACUAUGCAUGAAUGUGGGGCAGCACAGGAAUAACUGGGUGCUAGUAUGACAUCACUUCUUGUUUCUAAUGGCUCUUAAUGUCCUGAAAGUUAAGAUAACUAAGAUAAGCUGAGACACAAUCACAACAGCUGUUAUUUUAAUUCUACCACCAAUUCUCAGGCACAUACUGUUUUCUAUCAAGCCAGAGCAAGGACCUUUGGAACACAGGUGAUAAAGGAGGUGCAUGAGGCUGCUGGAAUUGUGCGCUGGUCAUCUGGGAGCCAUAGCUUUCCUCACCUAGACAAGGUGAACACGUGGAGACCUGAGGAGCGGCAAGGAAGGGGCUGAGAACCCCAAGACAGAAAACAGAAGUGACAGCCCCCCAACAGUUUUGUUAUUACAUUCAGCAAUGGAAGACCCAAAAGUGACAGAGUUCUUAUUUCGACCAUUCUGAAAUACAGUUAAAAAGAAAAUAUUCUUUCUAGAGGUCAGAUAAAGUCAAAUAGGCUUUGGGAAAGCAUGCAGAAAAUAGAUAUUGCGGCUUUGUGCAUAGCUCUGCACCUAUGUCACUACUAAAGGAAAUAAAAUUCAUAGAGCCAGAACUCACACAGCUUUUCUGGAUCCCUAUGACUGUGUAGAUCUACCAGCUGAAGUUGCAAUUACAUUUCAACUACAACUUUUCCCCAUUAAUUUGAAGUGGAGGCAUACAGGCUUCCACUUAAGCAGAGGCUGACAGUAAGUUAAUGCAGAGAACAGUUUAACCAAGAGAUUACUUCAAAAAAGCUCCUGAGUCCCAGAAACAGAUAAUCCAAGUAAUGUGAUGAGCAAUACUUGUACCCAUAGCACAGAGAUCUGGAAUCACCAUGUAGCAACAACAUUUCAGUCAUUUACAGUGACUCAGAAUUGCACAGACAAGAGCAGCCACCCCUGAUACAGCAGUUUGGAAACAGCUGAGCGUAUCUAAGAACAAACUCCUGGACCAGCACACAGAGAUUGCACACCUCCAGCUCUUCCAGCACCUGGGUAGUUGCAGCUUGUGGUGCAAGCAGCCGCUCUAUCUCGUGAGCACAUCUCCUCUGAUGUGUCAUUCAAAACUGAAGGAAGAUGAGCACAGCUGUUGAGUCAGCGGCAGUCAGUUAAAGCAGCACUGUCAGUUGUAUAACAAACAUGCCUCCGUAACUACAGACCGCAUCCAACCCAACACAUUUCACAGCCUCUGAAGACUUAUGUAACAUUUGCAUCCACUUUUUUCCUUGUCUAAAAAUUCUGACCCACCCACUGCUGCUGGUGAAUAAAGUUUUCAUUUAAACACUCAGAUUUAAGUUUAUUCAUAUAUGGCAAAAGUUCCACCUGCGUAUUAAAAACAAACAGAUUAGAAGUAAAUGUUUUAUUCUUCCAACUAAAUUCCAGUACUACAAGGGCAGUAAAACAAUGAUACACUGAAAAAUUGCAGCAAUAAACAUUUGUUAAAGACUGAGAGAAUAAAUAAAAACUACAAAAAUGAGAAAUCAUAUAAACCCAUUCUUAACCCCCAAAAAAGUCAUGGAAUACAGAAAUGCCCUCCUUCACUAUUUCACAGGCAGUACUGUGGGCUAUUUGCUUAAAAUUGUCCUGGGAUUACAUUCUAAUUUAACUGUGAUUACAGCUUUGUUGUAGUGCACAGUUAUGAAAACCACACUAACUUCAGUCAGAAGUGUCAUUCUACAUUUUUAUUUACACAACCAGUGAAGGGCAACUUCUAGAACAUCAGCUUUAAUCCUUUACUUUUUCAAACUUAUUAACAUAAGAAGCCAAAUUGUAAUGAUACAGCAAAUGAGGCCACUGGUAUUAUUACAGGUAGCAAAGGUCCACAUCCAGGUGGUACUGACAUCAGGGAGCACUCCAAAACCAGUUGCUGCAUAAGAGUGGUUGCCACUGACAAAAGCUUGAAAUAACCUGUGUUCACAGGGGGAAAAAAUAUGGCAUUGCUGCAAGUCAUUACUGGGACAGCUUGCAACAAUAAAACGGGGUGGAUAGGGCAGCCCACAUAUGCAGAAAAUGUGAUUCAUGAAACGUCUGCAAAGAGGAAAAAAAAAAA